CAUGAAAAUGUGCAACCCUAAAGGAUGUGGUCUGAAGCGAGAUGAGGAAGAAAGUGAGGAGGAAGGAGUGCACUGAACUCUGACGAGCUCCCUGCAAACAACUCUACACGUUACUGAAACGGAGAAAAGAGCGGUGUGAAUUUCAACCUUCCUAAAUUUGAGUGUAAUGUUUCUGUGAAGAUGCGUUGACGACUGAGACGAGAUGGAAGUGGAGGAGACUGGUGAAACGAGGACUUCCUGGUAUGCAGCACUAGGAGAGUCACACUCCAUCACCUGUGAUCAUGCUGGGAAGAAGAGAAAACAAGAUCCGGCCCCUGAACCUGUGAUCAGAAUCAUCGAGGAUGAAGAGGAAGAUGAGGAGGAUGAGAUGAUGUCCUGCCACAUGAGAGAUUCAGAGGAGCCCAGUAAUAAAAGGGUGAAACCUGUGGUGAAGUCCAAUAGCCUAACAGGUGUCCUAACCCCGAUGAAGACCCCUGCUCUGAAACGCAUUGGACAGUCCAUUUCGCGGUCUAUUAGUUUUCGCACAGAAGCUCGACCUUUGCCCCCAGCUCCGCUGCGCUCUCGCACAAAAGCUUCGUCGUAUCCACGCAGGCGCAACAGCCAAUGCUGGAGUGACACUGUGGAGAGUCAUGACCUCACUGCAAAGGAGAUUAAACGACAAGAGGUGAUCUACGAGCUGACUCAGGGUGAGAGACAACUCAUUGAGGAUCUCAGUCUGGUCAAGAAGGUGUACUAUGAGCCCAUGCUGAAGUUGGACAUCUUGACAGAGAGUGAGCUUGGACAGAUCUUUGGUACACUGGACUCUCUCAUUCCUCUCCAUCAAGAUCUUCUGAGUCGUCUUGAGCGGCUGCGGGGAUCAGAGAAGACAGUCGGACAGGUGGGGCCUACUUUGAUGCACUGGUUCCCUUGCCUUGAGGCUUACGUCACAUACUGCUGUAACCAGGUGGGCGCUAAAGCCCUGCUGGACCAGAAAAAGCACGAGAAACGAGUUGAGCACUUCCUGCGCCUGUGUCAGGAGUCUUCGUUCAGCAGGAAACUGGACCUGUGGAACUUCCUGGAUCUCCCUCGAAGCCGUUUAGUUAAAUACCCCCUGCUGUUGAAAGAGAUACAGAAGUGCACGCCGCCAGAGCACCCGGAUGAGGACGCAUUGCCUGAUGCUUUGGACCUGAUCCAAACCAUUGUGGCAGAGGUGAACAAGAAGACAGGAGAAGCGGAGUGUCAGUUCUACAGGCGGGGUCUCAUAUACCUCGAAGAGAGUCAGAGACUAACAGAGAUCCAGCUGUCCCGCUUCCUCUACUGCCACGGAGAGCUCAAGAACAACAAGGGCCAGCGGCUGCAUGUAUUCCUGUUCGAGCAGGCUUUGGUGCUGACCAAGCCGGGGGAGGACAAAGAGGGAGGUCAGGUGUUCCAUGUCUACAGACAGCCUCUGCCCAACUCCUCAAUAUACCUGGAGGAGAUCCCAGAUGGGGAGCCUGGUGGAGGGGGCACCUUCAGAGGAGCCUUCACCGGUGGAAAUGAUAAAGUGAAGAACUGUUUCCGUGUGAGCAGCAGAGGGCGCUCCAAAGCUCACCCUUACAGCCUGCAGGCCAACGACUCGUUCAGCAAGCAGCAGUGGAUCACCUGUCUGCGCAGAGCGAUCGUCCAGUCGCGAGAUAGGACCAGCCAGCCGCAGCCCUCCCUUCACCAUGAUCCCGACGUGUAUCACAUAGCCAAGCUCAGCCUCGGCUCCAGCUCGGACACAGAAAUGGCAGACCAAACCAGUUGCUGACUGUGUCAGACUGAUGAUUAGGAGGCCUGGGGAGUGUCUAUAGAUCUGUACAUUGACAUUGGAGAGAAUAAAACAUGGACUGUUUUUGAAAGAUUGUGCUUGGACACAUAUAAUUCUUGCAUUUUCUGAUGGAUUGUGUGAUUGUAGUGAUGUUUACUGUACAGCUUGUGAACAGUAUUAUUGAAUGUGAAUUUACAGUGUAAGUGUUUUUGUUUUUUAAAUAAACUGACACUUGAAAGUU